AUGGAAGAUGGUGUGAAGGAUAAUAGGCACGAGGCAACUCAGAAGCAAAGGUUGUCUGAUCUUUGCAAGUUAGUCAUAAGCAAUUCAAAAGACAUAAACAAGCUAGACGAACUGUUUGAAGAGCUAAAGAAAUCACCUGGGCUGUCACUAGAUAUAUGGACUCAUGACUCUAUGCCUAUUUUUCUGCUUCAGGAGGUGAUUACCCCUUACAUGAUUCUGAGCACAAGUAAGUUUGAUGAGGUGCAGUACCAUAGACUGUAUACGGUUUUGAACAUUCUACAGAUACUGGUGAGUGACUCCAGGAUAAAAAGGGUUUUCGUUGAUGCCAGGUUUCCUUAUUACAUAUACAGAUAUCUGGUGAUAUCGGAUUCCGGCUCGAAGUAUGAAACAUUAAGGAUCUCUGCCCUGGGUGUGGUAGCUUCACUGCUCCAGAACGGAGACCAGUAUGUACAUAAGCAACUCAAAACAACGGAGGUUGUCCCUCUUCUUCUCAAAAUAGUUGAUCUGGGGUCUGAGGCGUCCCAGCUACUUUCAGCAAAUGUCUUUGGACUGAUAAUAGGGAGUGACGACGGGCUUAAUUAUGCAUGCCAGACAUUUGAUAGGUUUUCAGCAAUAAACUUGAUGUUCAACUCGCUGGCAUCUCAAGGAGUCAGUAUUGGAUCUGUAAAGCUUGUGAAGGCAGCACUAAGGAUCUACAUCAGACUUUGUGCAAAGCCUCAUAUCAGGGCACUGCUAAGCUCAAAGAAGCCUGACGGGCUGUUUACCGAUGAAGCAGGCACGUUGAUCUCGUCUGAUGCGGAAUGCAGAAUGUUGUUCAAGUCUUUUAUGGACAUGAUAUGCUGA